CAUGAUAUUCCAUCUGUUAAAAUGUGCAUGAACCCUGCCACUCCACAUCCCCCUUAAAUCAUUCUAUAUGUCAAACUUAAAUUGGUGUCAGUUUUUACCUGAGUUUCUAUCUGUUACUGAUAACAAGCCUGCCCCUGUCUCCCUCCCUUCAGAAUGGCAGAGUAGCACCUGAACCACUUUGAGGUGUCACAUGCUGCCUUCACGAAGGGACACAGCCUGGAUGGUUCAGAUGACACUUUCCGAACGUGGCUCAAACGCUGUGAGGAGAUGAUGCGGCGAAUCAGAACGGAAACGAGAAUAAGGAGUGCUAACGGGUCUUCCUACAAUUAUUCUAUCUCUGUACCAUGCCUGUAUCUAUCAGACACCACACAUCAAUUGUCGGCUGAGGUGAAGCUUCCUUCAGGGGAGGACUUCAGCUUGAACAUGAAGCUGCUGCAUUCCAUUGUCCCCCAACACAGCACCUUCAAGGUCCUCUCCACAAAGGUAGAGGUCAAGAUGCAGAAGACCGAGUGGAUCAGGUGGGAGAAGCUGGAGGGAGAGGGACAGGAGCCCAACGUCAAACACUUCAUCCCCAACCAGUACCCGCCAUUGUCUGCCUCCAGCCGUAACUGGGACAAGGUGGUGGGGGACAUCAGUGAGGAGCAGAAGCUGGAGGGACACGCAGCGCUCAACAAACUCUUUCAACAAAUCUACUGUGACGGCACUGACGAGGUCAAACGGGCCAUGAACAAAUCCUUUGUAGAGGCGGGUGGUACAGUCCUGAGCACCAACUGGACAGACGUCGGGAAGAGAACGAUAGAGAUGAGCCCUCCUGAUGACAUGGAGUUUGAGAAGUACUGAAGAACACUCUCUCUCUCUGUCUCAAAUGGAUCGCCCAUAUCUCCUCUCCCCCCCCCCCCUCUUCCUCCUCCCAGGCCAUGUCUGUUAAUAAUUUUUUUAUUUUAUUUCACCUUUAUUUAACUAGGUAGGUUAGCUGAGAACAAGUUCUCAUUUACAACUGCGACCUGGCCAAGAUAAAGCAAAGCAGUGCGACACAAACAACACAGUUACACAUGGAAUAAACAAACAUACAGUCAAUAAUACAAUAGAGAAACAGUCUAUAUACAGUGUGUGCAAAUGAGGUAAGGCAAUAAAUAGGUCAUAGUGGUGAAAUAAUUACAAUAUAGCAAUUGAACACUGGAAUGAUAGGUGUGCAAGUAGAGAUACUGGGGUGCAAAGGCAUAAAAUAAAUCAAAUAAAAAACAGUAUAGGGGGGAGGUAGUAGGAUGGGCUAUGUACAGGUGCAGUGAUCUGUGAGCUGCUCUGACAGCUGGUGCUUAAAGUUAGUGAGGGAGAAAAGUGUCUCCAGCUUCAGUGAUAUUGCUUUCUCCUCCUUGCCUCCAAUGGACAUGUCCACUUUAUUCCCCCAAAACCACCCUUCCUUCCAGUCCAUCUGUCAAUAUUGGUUUUAGAGCUUUGGUGCUUUUCACCCCAGUCCAGGAACCACUAGUAACUCUAGCGUUUAACCAUUCUGACAAACACUAUAAAGAGGUUAAUCGAUACAUCUGUCUAUCCUAUAUAUAAUAUAAAAACUGGGAAUCAUCUGAAUGGCCAAUUUGGUUAAAGGUAGUGAGUGUAGGGUUGAACCUGAUUCCUGGACUGAAAGGUUAGGAAACCCUUUUCACCUCAUGUGGCUGUUCUUGUGUUUAGAGCCUUUCUUUAUCCGGGGUGGGUGGGAGGUGAGGGACGUUUAUGUUGUCCCAUUCACCACUUGGAAAGAAUACAAAAUAUGUGAAAUGUUGUUGUUUUUUGUACUUGUAUAAGAAUUCUAGAAUAUUUUUCCACAUCAGCAGCAAUACAGUCAUGCAAUGGAAGUCAAAUUUUAAUUUCCUUUUCCUCAAUGUGAUUCAAACUUAAAUGUAAGUAAAUUAUUUUGUUUAUGGA